CCGCUCAACACGACAUCAUCCUCUGUAGGCGACUCGGCCAUUCCUACGCCUGCAUCCACUCCGUCUGACUCGCCUCAGCGAACCACUUUCGCACCGAACUCGUCUCUGCGAACCGGCACCAACAUGGACGAGAACCCCCAAGAUGACGCCAUUGCACCCUCCGAUCGACAAGAGCCCGAGGAACCUGCGCCUGCCACAACCGACGACACGACCAAGACUCUCGCUUCUAAGAAGAAAGCCAAAUGCGUAAAGCCGAAGCACAAGAAGAAGAAAGCCGUCAAGAAGUCGCAUCGCAAGAAAUCGGCCCGAGACGAUUCAGACUCGGACAGUGCCUCCGACGAUGAAUCUGCCUCGGAUGAUUCCGAUUCCGACGACAGCUCCACAGAAGAAGAGGUCAAGAAGAAAAAGGCCAAGUCAAAACAGCUGAAGAAAUCAAAGGGUAGAGACAGAAAGCGCAGAAAGAGCAAGCAAAUAGACUCGAGUAGCGAGAGCGACGACGACAACAGCGACGACAGCGACUCAUCUUCCGACGACGACAGCAGUCGAAGAAGGAAGAAGAAGGCUGCUAAGAAGGCCAAGAAGGCAGACACGGAAUCAGAAGAGGAUGGAACUGACGUUGAAGCCGACUAUGCCAAGCUCCAGACAGAGAUGCAGGAGCUCAUGGCGAAGAUGGCGGAACUGAAGGCAAAUCCAAAGUCUAGCACGAAGCGUCGGCGAUCGAGUACAAAACCAACAGCUAGUACGAAGAAAAAGUCGGGGAAAAAGGCUGACUCUUUGGAGUAUAAGCGCGUGGACCAACUUUGGGACUCUAAUAUUCACAAUUACAAGCUGAAGGAGAGUGCCGAAGAUGAGGAGGGGGAAUUCGCAGAAUUUGCCUUUCUCGUCCGCAGACGAUUCGACUGGGAAAACAAAUACCAGAACACCGUCAUCGAUAUCAAGUCGAAGCAGCUGCGUGCCGUCCUUGCCGAGGUGAUGAAAGACUGCAAGAGCGUCAGCUUGGAGGCGGAGGAGCCUACCAUCGACCCAAAUCUGCUGUUCCUGUACCUUGAGGAUCUUCGCACUUACUACAAAAAGACGCUGAAGUCCAAGAUCAAGACGGAAAAGAAGAAGAAGAAUGUCAAGAAGCUUGAGCAGCAAAAAGCACUUUGCAAGAUUCUCGUCAAGUAUAUCGAUGAAGACUAUGCUGAGACCAAGAAGACUCUCUACCCGCUUUUGGAGGCGGGAAACAUCACUUUCGAUUUACUGUGGGCACUCUUCACGCCAAAUGACAUUGCCAUCACAUCGUGUUAUGGCGCAUGGGAUGAGCCCCGAUGUUUCAAGGUCGAGUACGCGAUGAAGUAUCAGACCAUGACCCGCGGAGAGUGGUACUGCAUUGAAGGCAAGUAUAUGGAAUACGACGGCAAAGGCUUUGGCUACGGCGAUUUUGAGGUCGACAUUGAGUCCUUCAAGGGUCCCCGAAAGAUCACCAGCCUUGCCACGUAUCCACUCAAGUAUCACAAAGACCCGCAAGGUAUCAAGAAGUCCAUCAUUGAGCGUGGACAGCAAUUCGUGGAGAUGGAAGGCAUGCAGUACAAGUUCCACAAGGGUCUGGCUUUCAUGAAGAAGAAGAAGCAGGUGCUGAAGAUCAACAUCAACGGCCGUGUGAUGAUCGAUCCCGCCUGCUUUCGACGGGUGAACCCGAACUACCCCAUUUCGCUGAUCAAGCCCAAGGACGCGGACGACCUAUUCUGUGACAGCGAAGACGACGACUGUUCCUGUUGUGGCCCUGACUCAGAUGAGGAGGACGCGCUCUCCGGCAGCGACAAGACACCCAAGUACAAGUACAAGUGGGUCGAAGACGAUCAUGGCGAUCCUCACUUCGUUGCCGUCGAAGUCGACGAGAAUGGCGAACCCAUGCGCUCGCAGCAGCUCGAUAAGAUUGAUAGCGCCGAGACUAAGAAGAGGACCUACACAAAGGAGCAGCUUCUACUAACAUCACCUGUCGUGCUUGGCUUCGCAUUUUCGGAGAAGCUGUGGCUGGAGUUCUCGCUUUCUGGCGUUCGCGAGAUCACAUACAAUGAUGACGCAUUUGGCUCACUCGUUCUACCAGACGACAAGAAAACCACCGUUCGUGCGUUGGUCGAGUCGCACAAAUUCCACGCGGCCAAGGCCAUUGACGACGUUGUGCAAGGCAAAGGCAAAGGUCUCGUAUUUGUGCUUCAUGGUCCUCCGGGAACCGGCAAGACUCUCACCGCUGAGAGUAUUUCCGAGCUGUUGAGAUGUCCUCUGUACAUUGUCUCGGCUGGCGAGCUCGGCACAGAUCCUGCGCGACUCGAGUCGGAACUUCAGAAGAUUCUUGACAUCGCUCAUUCAUGGGGAGCUCUUCUCCUACUUGACGAAGCCGACGUGUUUUUGGAGAAGCGAGAAGUUCAUGACAUCCAUCGAAACGCGCUUGUCUCCAUCUUCCUCCGUUUGUUGGAGUAUUUCCAAGGCAUUCUCUUCCUUACCACGAAUCGGGUAGAGACCUUUGAUGAUGCUUUUCAAUCACGUAUUCACGUCGCUUUGCGCUACGACGAGCUCGCACCGAAGGCUCGCAAGGAAAUCUGGCGCAGCUUCAUUGAUAGGAUUCGCAAGCAGGACGGCGCUGAGAUUACUAACUUUACCGAAGAAGACUUCACUAUCCUUUCGCGCCAUCGACUCAACGGAAGGCAGAUUAAGAAUAUGGCUCGCACAGCGCAAGCUUUGUCAUUGAAUGAGGGACAGAAAUUGACGAUGAACCACAUCCGACGAGUCCUCGAUGUUGCCGAAACGUUCGACCGGGAUCUCAAGGGAGGAACCGGAUACAUCGACGCUAUGAGGAGCUACACUUGA